AUGGCAAGCAAAGACCCUCCUACCGCGGAGGAGAGGGCACGAUAUGAAAAGGUGAAAGAUGAACUUGUGAAGAUGAUUCAGAAGAAAAGGGCCGCGGACAGACAACUUGCACAAACAGAAGUCCUAAUACAUACACUAGAAACGUCUUAUCUCGCUGAAACCUCCACUACGGGUAAUAUCAUCCAUGGAUUCGACGGAUAUCUUAAGCCCACUCAAGGUGCUGCGGCGCGUAGAAAGCACGAUAUUGGGGAUGGUGACCGGUGGUUUUCAACAAGUAGUGGAACAUGGCAGAAGUCCUUGGAUCUUCUCGGAGAAGGUGAAGAUUCGACACCUGCACCUGACGAUAUGAGGCUUCAAACAACACCAGGGCUGACUACUGUUGUCGUACCUCCGGCUCCACGCACGCAAGAGUUAACUGCUGCGCAGCAGAAAAAGCACCGUGACAGAGAAUAUCAGCGACGCAAACGCGCUAUGCGACGAAGUGCGGGUACUGUCAGCGACGAAGACUCGCAAAGCAUCGGUACAGGAAGGCGUCCAAUGAAACGCGCGAGGAUAGCAGAUGAUGAUUGA